AUGGGUGCCAUUCCAGAAGUCGACCCCGAUGAGCCUGUUGAGGUUAAGCCCUUCAAGUUCGUCACUGCUGGCUUCGAUGCCCGUUUCCCUCAGCAGAAUCAGACCAAGCACUGCUGGCAGAACUAUGUCGACUACUACAAGUGUGUGAACGCCAAGGGAGAGGACUUCCGCCCCUGCCGUCAGUUCUACCACGCUUUCCGCUCGCUCUGCCCCAAGGCCUGGACUGACCGCUGGGACACUCAGCGCGAGGCUGGCAACUUCCCCGCUCAACUCGACAAAUAG